AUGUACGCGGAUUACUCUUCGGAGCCCGGCACGGGCAACAUGCCCCAGCCGCAGCAGAGGCGCAAGAGGAUGGUGAUUUCUUGCAACGAGUGCCACCGGCGCAAGCAGAGAUGUGACCGUCGCCAACCGUGCUCCAACUGCACCAAACGAGACAAGGUGCACCUUUGCUUCUACGAGAACCAGGAGCCGCACCUUUGCUUCUACGAGAACCAGGAGCCGGAGCCGGCUCGAGCAAGCCCAGCGUCAGACUCCAUUUCCAUGUCUGUAGGGGCCCGUGCCUUGAUGCCGCAGCCCGGCGGCUCGUCGUCCGUCGACAAUUCGCCGGCCUCGCAGUCGCAAACGAUCGUCUCGCCAACCACCACCGCCGCCGCCGCCGCCGCCGUCGCUCACCAGAACGCGGCCGAAGACCUCGGCUUCUCGAUAACCAGCACCGACACGCUGAAUUUCAUCCGGCAGAUUACAGGGUCGGAGCAGCACGCCAGCGCCUCGUCGGCCGCCCAGUCGACGCGGGAGCCGAGGACGACGAGGGAGGCGCGCAGCGGGAGCGACAUGUCGCUGCAGUACAGAAACGUGGUGCGCCAGCUCCCGCCAAAGAGAUACGCCGACAUACUCGUGCGUAGUUUCUUUGUCAACACUGCGUGGCACUAUGAUGUUCUGGACUCGGGGGGCUUUGAAGAGCAGUUGGCCUGCUGGUAUCGCGUUCCGUACACGACGCUCAGCCACGGGCCCCUGAGCAUGCCGCCCGAGAUACGCCUCUUCCCAGCGCUGCUGUUCCAGGUACUCGCGCAGGCGCUGCUAUUCCAGCCCAUGGGCAGCAACGAUGCCCUCAACGACCUCAAGUACGCGCCCGGGAUGACGUAUCCUGACCUGGCCAUGGAGUACAGCGACGCGGGCAACACCAUAAUGGCGAUGCUGGGCAGCAGAGACUCCAACAUGGUCAAGGUGCACGCGGGUUUGCUACAGGUCUCGUUCCAGAGGAGCACGGGCUCCAUCAUCGAGGCGUGGCACUCGUUGGGCAGCACCAUCAGGGACGCCCAGGAGAUGGGCCUGCACUGCAUCGACAUCAGCCCCGAAGACCUGGCUAUGAGCUCGCCCGAGCAGCUGCGGGAGCUCGAGACGCGGCGCAAGAUGUGGCUGGUCCUGCAUCUGUGGGACGGAUACAUGGGCGUCGUGCUCGGGCGGCCCAUGUCGACCAAGCUGGACCACGGCGCCUUUGCCCAGUCCCUCGACUCCAUCUACGGUAUGAAGGCGGCCGUGACGGGAGACGACGAGCGCCUCUGGGUGGAGCGGCACCAGCCCACGCCCUUUGCCGUGCUGUGGUGGCUGUACCACGCCGCGGGCCACCAUCUGCAGGACAUCCACAAGCUCGAGUCGGCGGGCGCAUCGCAAGAGAGGUAUCCAAUGGUCCAGAAGAUCCACGCCGCCAUCGUCGACAGCAUGCGCCGCCUGCCGGACUGGGCGCGAGUCGACCACCCCAAUACGGACUGGGACCGCGUGCCGAGCUGUUUCUGGCUGUCGGCCGCGCGCGAGACGCUCGAGACGGAGCUGUGUUUUGUGCUGCUGGCCCUGCACCGCCCGUACAUCUUCUCGGUGCCCGCGAGCCGCAACGAGGCUCUCAAGGCGGCGCUGCAGAUUCUGGAGUCGCAGGGUCGGCUAUUUAGCCAGACCAAGCCGCGCGAGUACGUGACCUUUAACCUCGUCUUUGCCACGUUCGACGCCAUGGUCCUAGUCGCGUCCAUAUACAUCCUGUACCCGCACGAAAACGCGCUCCACGUCGACGCCUCGGUCCGCGGCAUCGAGUGGGGGCUGGCCCGGCUCGACGCCAUGCGCGUGAGAAACAAGAUGGCCGGCUCGGCCUUUGACACGGCCCAGACCAUGUACGGGAGGUUCCGGCGUCGACUUGCCGGCGCGGCGGUGCCGGCAACAAGGGCGGCGAUGUGUUCGCUGUCGGCGACUCUUGGACCCGGUUCGGCUUCAGGCCCGGUUCGACCAAGCGGCUCCGCGCCGACGCCGGCGACGUUGUCUCCGCACGAGGCUCCGAUCCCCCACCACGGACAUGACCAUGCGUCCGAGGCACUGGGGUUCACGCACAGCCUCGAUGCUCUUCUGCCGCCGCAGCCGCUGCACGACCUCGUCUUCCAGCACCUCCCUGGCACGGCCGACUCGUUGCCGCUGCCGGUCCUGGCAGCCAAUGAAGCGAUGCCUGAAGACUUUUGGCGGUUGAUGAGCGCCUUGGACGGUUGA